GUGUUGCAAUUUUGUUGUGUUGCAGGAACUUGUGAGUGGACGAUGGUGCGGAGUUGAAAAAAGGAGUCGUGACUCGCCUCGGUGGCGGCCGGUGACGAAUGCGUUCGCGGCUGUGGGGGUUCCAGUUGUUGGCCGUUCGUGACGACGAGGAUGACAACAUGAACUGCUCGGGAAGGAAUCGCAUCGACGUUCGCGAAAGGAAACUUCUUAGAUUCCCCGUGAGCAUGUCUGGAGAAGUGCAGCAUCUGUUGCAAUUCCUCAAGCUUGUUACGGGCUUAUCUGGGUAUUUGGUCUUGUUUGCGUCACGGGCAGAAAGGUUGCGCAAGGUCCGUGAAGCUAAUGGAGUGGCAGUGAUAAACCCGCUGACAGAAGGAGAUCGUGGAGACGCCUUGAUCAACCGCAAACUGCCGAAAGAAUUGCUCUUGAGGAUCUUCUCGCACCUCGACGUGGUGACGCUAUGCCGUUGCGCACGAGUGUGCAAGUACUGGAACGUACUGGCCCUGGACGGAUCCAACUGGCAAAAGAUC